GUGGAUACCAUUAAGGAUGUAUGUCCUUAAUACGUCCUACUAUGUAAUGGAAACCAUUUGGUAAUUUAUUUAAUGGUUAACAGCUAAUGGUUUGGAAGCCAUUAGCCUUUCUGUGAUGGUUUUGAUUGUUUGUUUGGUUUUUUUUUCCAGCAGGGUAGUAACUCUGUUGAGAGUCCAGAUUUAACAUGAACAAAAUUAGCAAGAAAUAAAGGAUUACACGAUUACAAUGCCAUACAUAGUGGCUUUGAAUCCAUGAGAAUGAGAAACAAAAAAAUGGUGGUUCUUGCUAAGGGACGACUUUGCUAUUUUUGCUUGACAAGGCUCAGUAUUACUACACAGAAAGCAGAGAGAUGUAAAAAACCAGAGUCAUAAAUUAAUAAGUAAAAUAAAAAUGUAAAAAUUAAAAAAAUUAAAAAUAAUAAUAAAAAAAUAGAAAGAUAUGUGUGAAAAGCUAAAGAAAAUGGGAAGAUAAACAAAUUAGUACUGCAAUGUGUAAAUAUGUGCGCUCAUUUAUUACAUUUUAUAUAUUUCAUUCACGCUUUAGUUUAAUUUAUUUACAUAUGAAUGUGCCGCUGUAUUAUUUUACAAGGUAUUGUUUAAUUUAACUAAUGUUUACCGUUUAGGAUUUUUUCUUAGCACAGCUUUCUCUCAGAGGCUAGCAAAGGGGGCGGGGCUCCGUCUGUUGUCAUUGGUGUUCCAGCCAAACAAACAUGGCGGCACCCAUGGAGCUGCUGUGCUGGGGAGGCGAUUGGGACUUGCCGUCUGUACACACGGACUCUUUAAUUGUGCUGGCAUAUGCUAAAUUUGCUGGCGCCAAACUUACAGUCAAGUUAGUGGACUGGACAUGGAGGACUAUCACAGCCACCAUUCCACAACUGCACUAUGAGGGAUCUUCAGUAACAGAACCUACACAGAUUCUCAACUUUUUCCGACAAAAUAGAUUCAACGCAGAUUAUGAGCUGUCUGCUAAGCAGGGAGCUGACACCAUGGCCUACAUUGCUCUCCUGGAGGAGAAACUGUGUCCGGCUUUGCUUCAUACGUUCUGGGUGGACGCAGAGAACUACUCCAACCUGACGAGACCUUGGUUUGCUUCCCGCUCUCCAUUCCCUCUCAACUUCUUUGUGCCAGGCCGGCAGGCUAGUCUGGCUCUGUCCAGGAUCCUCCUGACCAAAGCGGAAGCUCCUCUGCAUUCAGUCGCAGAGGUGGAAGGAAAGAUCUACAGUGAAGCCAAGGAGUGUCUGAAUUUGCUCUCUCACAGAUUAGGGUCCUCACACUACUUCUUUGGAAACACGCCUACAAGUCUGGAUGCCUUUGUUUUUGGCUACCUUGCGCCUCUCCAUAAAGCCAGCCUGCCCAGUGCUCAGCUCCAGCAGCACCUAAAACAGCUUCACAAUCUCUGCCAGUUCUGCACUAACAUCCUCAAAAACUACUUUUCCGAGGCCGCCUCUGGCUCUCCUCCCACUAGCCAGGACGCAGUCGAUGCUAACCUCCAGAAACUGACGCAGCUUGUUAACAAAGAGUCCAACCUUAUUGAAAAGAUGGACGAUAACCUGCGCAGUAGCCCUCAACACAGGCCCAGCCGUCCCCAUAAACCUGAAGCCAAACCUGCAUCUUUGGCCACUGACAGGAACUUGACCCCUGCCUGAAAACCUCACCCACACCACACAGUGGUAUCUGUCUUUACCUAUUUAUUUAUGCUCGUAUUAUCCAAGUGGCACUAAAAUGGGCAUCCAGGAGGAGUCAUAAGUGUACUCGGUCACAGUUUAUGCUGAACCAAUGAGAAUGAGGUUGAACAAAUGUGGCUUUGGUCAUUAUUGAAAGCUUUCUCUCAGCUUCCUCAGAUUGUCAUUAGUCUCAUAUUGAUCUACAUUAUUUUCAUAAGCUAUAAGAUUGUAUUUAUACAUCAACAGAUAAUAGAAAUGGAUGGUUAGCUAAAUACUAAUCACAGUAAUUAAAUAUUCCUAGUCAGUUGCCUUCCUUAACACCCUUUGCCAUGGUGAAAUUCUAUUCACUGUGCACACACACACACACACACACACACACACACACACUCACACACAGUGUGUACCUGUUUAAUAUCUUUCCAUCAGCAGUGUGUAAAAAUAGAGAUCCUUUUAGAGCUAUUAGUUCAUGCUGAACCUGAAUCAUGAUCCAUUUUGAAUUGUUUUUCAUUAUGGCUGUCGCUAUAUAUUAAGGUUUGGCGCACCACAUCAUAGCAGUUAAUCAACGUGUCAGUGUGUCGCAGUCGGAAAUCAUCAGCCAACACCAAGCUAAAUAUUAGAACACCCAUCAUAGCUUCUCCAUUCAGGUUAAUAUAUCAUUUUAGUCUCCUGAACACAUCUACACAAACAUGAGCUAAAAUAUAUGGAUCAUUCUGGGUUGGGUUGGUUUGGUUGUUGUUUUUUUUUUGUUUUUUUUUUUACCUCAUUAUACAUUGCUUCUUUAUUUAUUUAUUUAGUUAAACUCCUGCUCUUCAAAGCAAAUGGAUCUCUGUUGAAUUUUUCCGUAUGCGUGCCUUUCCUUCUGCGUCCAAGUGUAAUUUCCUGACCACGGGCAUGGUUAAUCUUAAAGGAAAAUAUUUUCACAUUGUAAGCAUGCCAGAAGUGCUCAGGAGAUGCACUGCACAGUUUAUUGUAUCGAUAAUUAGUUGCACUUUAAAAAAAAAAAAUACAUAAAAAAAACGAAGAAAAGAAAAGCAUUAACUCGCCUCACUACAUACAUGCAGUUGGGUCCGGUUUCUCCUUUUUUUCAUAGCGUAUGUUGUCCCUCUGUAUUCCUCGUUAACGUGUUCAUACUGCACGUGUCUGGUAAUUCAGUGCUGAACUUUGUUUCAUGAAAGAACUUAUCUUGGAUUCCUUCAGUUAGGAUGUAUUUUAAAGGCUCUCAUCUUCAUCAGUUAUCAAAGGACUUUUAAAAAAUGUCAAAUGUUCCAAAUAGAAAUGUAAUAAAAUUGAGUUUAUGGUA